AUGAAGUACCCCAUGCCUCUUUCGUACGCCGACGACAUCCUGAUCUAUUCAGAGUCGGCCGAGGAAAACGUGCGCCAGACCGAGGAAGUCAUUCGACGACUGGCAGCGGCAGGCCUACAGGGCGACAUCAAGAAGAGCUCCUUUUGCGUCACCGAGGUGGAUUACCUCGGGCUGGCCAUCCUUGAGUGGAGGCUGUCGGACCUAAAAUCUACGAAAGCCAUCCGAUCUUUCCUCGGAUUGGUUAACUUUGUCCGACGCUUCUCGAAAGAAGUAAGCGAGCUGGCGCACCCGCUCAACGAGCUCCUAAAAAAAGGGGCAAUCUUCAAGAUCGGCAAGCAAGAGGAAGCGGCUUUUGAAGCACUCAAGGAAGCCCUGGUCCGAGCUCCCGGAAUGGGCUUCUGGAAGAUAGGCGCCCUGACUCGGAUAGAGACUGAUGCGUCAAAGCAUUCGGUAGGCGCCACCGCUUUACAACAACAGAACGACAACUCAUGGAAGCCGGUGGCCUACUUCUCCAAGACCUUGUCGUCAACAGAGACGAAGAGUGGAGGCCAGAGCUGGUUGGGGCCCUUUGAAGUAGUAACGGACCAUGAAGCUCUCAAGUACUUUGCGACAAAGCGGGUUUUAUCAUCUCGACAAGCCCGUUGGGCACAGAUUCUGUCGGAAUUUGACUACAAGAUGACAUACCGACCCGGGAAGGAGAACAUAAUUGCAGAUGCCCUGUCCCGGAAAAGCGAGAACUUCGAGACCGUCAGAGCCAGAGACCUGGAUUCCCGCACCAUGGAACUGGUCCCGAACGAUCGGGUACCCGCAGAAGUUCUCGAGGAGACACAUGUCGAAGCUGCUCCCCUAGACAUCGCGGCAAAUUCUGAGGACCGCGGCCCAGCACUGAGCAAGCUGAUUCUCACGAUUCCGGGGAAAAAGACAGACACCGCCGAAAGACUGGCCAAGCGAUAUUACCGCCGCGUGUUUGGUCACCUCGGUCUACCGAAGAUUUGGCUCUCGGACAACGGACCACAGUUCAUUUCGAAAUUCAUGGCCAAGGUCAACGAGAUGACGGGAACAGAGCACAAAUUCGGCAGUGCCUACCAUGCGCAGACUCAAGGAGGCGUGGAGAUUACCAACCAGUAUCUUGACCAACGCUUGACGUUUUACGUGUCGUAUUUUCAAGACGAUUGGAGUGAGCAUCUGGCGGCGUUAGACUUCGCGCAUAACUCCACGCCGCACGACUCAACAGGCAUGACUCGAUCGAGGCCUCCCAAGGGCGAGCACCCCACGCGGCUUUCGUUCAUAUAG